AUGGGGACUUCCAUUGACAUUUCAAGCAAAGGCUGGGAGGUCAGACAGAUGUUUGCUGCAGAAUUGGAGCCCCUUAAGAAGGUCCCCAAAUCAGUGAUGUUGGUUAGAGGUGUACAAAUGGAGCUGAGAGUUGCAUCCAGUAAUAGGCAGAGCAACCUGUUGUGGUGCAGGAAAGCUAGCUCACCUAGGAAAGCUACAGGUGGUGUAGGAAGCCAGCUCAAUCAAGUAGGCAACAACAGAGUCUCUGACAAGCAACAUAUCCUAGGAAGAGCCAUCCAAGGACUUGUGACCCUGCUGCAAUUUGCACAGAACAUCAUUCUGGGAGAUUUGGAAUUUAAUGCUUGCCUUGACUCAAGGAACAUCAAAGAGGGUGAGUACAAAGAAUGUAAAGCCAGAGAAUGGAGAGGAACGCACCGAGUGGAUUUUCUUCAGCUGAUGAUGAACACUCGUAACAAUUGCAAAGAUAAUGAGUCUCAUAAAGUUCUGUCUGACAUGGAGAUCAUAGCCCAGUCAAUUAUGUUUAUUUUUGGUGGCUAUGAAUCCCUAAGCAAUAUGAUUGUCUUCACACUGUACUUACUGGCCACUCACCCUGAUAUCCAGAAGAAACUGCAGGAGGAGAUCGAUGUGACUCUGCCCAAUAAGGCAUCUCCCAACUAUGAUAAACUGAUGGAGAUGGAGUACCUUGACAUGGUGUUGAGUGAAACCCUCAGAUUAUACACAAUUACUAACAGAAUUUCUCGGGCCUGUAAGCAAGAUGUUGAAAUUGAUGGUGUGUUUAUUCCCAAAGGGUCCUUAGUGAUGGUACCAGUUUAUGUUCUUCAUCAUGACCCAGAGUACUGGCCAGAGCCUGAGGAAUUCCACCCUGAAAGGUUCAGCAAGGAGAACAAGGGCAGCAUCAAUCCUUAUGUAUACCUGCCCUUUGGUAAUGGACCCAGGAACUGCCUUGGCAUGAGGUUUUCACUCAUGAUCAUGAAACUUGCUCUCACUAAAGUGCUGCAGAACUUCUCCUUCCAGCCUUGUAAAGAAACACAGAUACCUAUGAAAUUAGAUAGACAACUAAUCGUUCAACCAGAGAAACCUAUUGUCCUAAAGGUUGUACCACGGGAUGACAUCAUAACUGGAGUGUGA